GCGCCGGCCUUCUCUCGCCAGGCGUCCUCUCAGGGUGACAACGUCUUUAAACCCCGCGUGGCAAUCCCUGACGCACCGCCGUGAUGCCCAGGGAAGACAGGGCGACCUGGAAGUCCAACUACUUCCUUAAAAUAAUCCAACUUUUGGAUGAUUAUCCAAAAUGCUUCAUCGUGGGAGCAGACAAUGUGGGCUCCAAGCAGAUGCAGCAGAUCCGCAUGUCCCUCCGCGGGAAGGCCGUGGUCCUGAUGGGCAAGAACACCAUGAUGCGCAAGGCCAUCCGAGGGCACCUGGAGAACAACCCGGCUCUGGAAAAACUGUUGCCUCAUAUCCGAGGGAAUGUGGGGUUUGUGUUCACCAAGGAGGACCUCACUGAGAUCAGAGACAUGCUGCUGGCCAACAAGGUGCCAGCUGCCGCCCGUGCUGGUGCCAUCGCCCCGUGUGAGGUGACAGUGCCAGCUCAGAACACGGGCCUGGGUCCCGAGAAGACCUCCUUCUUCCAGGCUUUGGGCAUCACCACGAAGAUCUCCAGAGGCACCAUUGAAAUCCUGAGUGACGUGCAGCUGAUCAAGACUGGAGACAAAGUGGGUGCCAGCGAAGCCACCCUGCUGAACAUGCUGAACAUCUCCCCCUUCUCCUUUGGGCUGAUCAUCCAGCAGGUGUUUGACAAUGGCAGCAUCUACAACCCGGAAGUGCUUGACAUCACAGAGGAAGCGCUGCACACCCGCUUCCUGGAGGGUGUCCGCAAUGUUGCCAGUGUGUGCCUGCAGAUUGGCUACCCAACUGUCGCCUCUGUGCCCCAUUCGAUCAUCAAUGGGUACAAGCGGGUCUUGGCUUUGUCUGUGGAGACUGAGUACAGCUUCCCACUGGCUGAAAAGGUCAAGGCUUUCUUGGCUGAUCCAUCUGCAUUUGUGGCUGCUGCCCCUGUGGCUGCCGCCACCACUGCUGCUGCUCCUGCUGCUUCGGCCCCGGCCAAGCAAGAAGCAAAGGAGGAAUCGGAAGAGUCGGACGAGGACAUGGGAUUUGGUCUCUUUGACUAGUCACCAAAAAGCAACCAAAGCAGCCAGCUUAAUUUGUGAAACAAGGAAAUAAAAAGGCUUAGUUCUCUGAGA